UAGCCUCCCUCCCACCGCCUCUGUCUCCCUCUCUCCACGAACUGCCCAGGAGCGAGCAGCUGCUCCCGGUUGGCCCUGACGGACAGACAAACCGACAGCCUGACAUCCUAGUCCACCAACUAACCAGCCUGCACCUGGCUGCUUACCCCUCCCCAGGAACAUUGACCAUGAGUCCCCUGUGGCUACUCACCUUGCUGCUGGCCCUGAGCCAGGCCUUGCCCUUUGAGCAAAAGGGCUUCUGGGACUUCACUUUGGAUGAUGGGCUGCUCAUGAUGAAUGAUGAGGAGGCAUCAGGUUCAGACACCACUUCAGGUGUCCCAGACCUGGAAUCUCUCACACCUACCUUCAGUGCUAUGUGUCCUUUUGGUUGCCACUGCCACCUGCGGGUUGUUCAGUGCUCUGACUUGGGUCUGAAGACUGUGCCCAAGGAGAUCUCACCUGAUACCACACUGCUUGACCUGCAGAACAAUGACAUCUCUGAACUUCGAAAGGAUGACUUCAAAGGCCUCCAGCACCUCUAUGCCCUGGUCUUGGUAAACAAUAAGAUCUCCAAGAUCCAUGAGAAGGCCUUUAGCCCUCUGCGGAAGCUGCAAAAACUCUACAUCUCCAAGAACCACCUGGUGGAGAUUCCUCCCAACCUGCCCAGCUCCCUGGUAGAGCUACGAAUCCAUGACAACCGUAUCCGAAAAGUGCCCAAGGGCGUGUUCAGCGGGCUCCGGAACAUGAACUGCAUUGAGAUGGGCGGGAAUCCCCUGGAGAACAGUGGCUUUGAACCAGGAGCCUUUGAUGGCCUGAAGCUCAACUACCUGCGCAUCUCAGAGGCCAAGCUCACUGGCAUCCCCAAAGAUCUCCCUGAGACCCUGAACGAACUUCACCUGGACCACAACAAAAUCCAGGCUAUUGAGUUGGAGGACCUACUUCGCUACUCCAAGCUGUACAGGCUGGGCUUAGGCCACAAUCAGAUUCGGAUGAUUGAGAAUGGGAGCCUGAGUUUUCUGCCUACCCUGAGGGAACUUCACUUGGACAACAACAAGCUGUCCCGGGUGCCUGCUGGCCUCCCAGAUCUCAAGCUCCUCCAGGUUGUCUAUCUGCACUCCAACAACAUCACCAAGGUGGGCAUCAAUGACUUCUGUCCUAUGGGCUUCGGAGUCAAGAGGGCCUACUAUAAUGGCAUCAGCCUCUUCAACAACCCUGUGCCCUACUGGGAAGUGCAGCCUGCUACCUUCCGCUGCGUUACUGACCGCCUGGCCAUCCAAUUUGGAAAUUAUAAGAAGUAGAGGCAGUGAUAGCCACCAUGGUGGCCUUGGUGAGAGUCUCUGAGGAACAUAGCCAGACGAAGAAGCAAUACCUUUGUUCCCCAAUAUUAACUCACUGCCCCACCACAGCUUCCCCCUGACUCCUAAGCAUGCAUAUAUGCACAUGGCCUGGCCCUCUCACCCAUUCCCCUCAACCUUUGAAAUUUAACAUUCAUCAACCAUGUCCACUCAGAGACUCCCUAUAAAUCUUUCUUCUUGCUCAUCCUGAAACUCAGAUGUUUAUGGCAAGAGGGGCUAGGAAGGAAGGAUAGAGCACACUGCCACAGCUACUGUUCCAUCCAGGCAUGUGUUCCUCCUCUUCCUUGCCCAUGUCUGACUUCCAGCUCUCCUGGGUUCUGCUUGCUGCCCUUAUCCUCUGGUGUUUUCUCUUCAACAAGUUCACUACCUGUCCAUCCCAGCUACCACCUGGUUGUACUAAGUCCUGGAUCUUUCCCUCUCUCCAACCCUGUUAUGCUUCCUGGCAUUUUUCUUCCUUCUGUAGUUAUUGAUCUGUCCCCUGCCAUCUCUGGACCUAGUUCAUAUUUCUCUGUCUUUGUCUCUUUCUGUAUCUCCUUGCCUAUAUCUCUCUCUGUCUCUAUUUCUGUCUCUGCCUCUCUGUCUCUGUGUAUCUUUCUGUCUUUGUAUCUGUCUCUUUCUGACAACACACACACACACACACACACACACACACACACACACACACACUGAUCGUCUGCCCCAGGUUGGUUUCUGCUUCACAGGUCUCUGGCCAGUCCCUGCACAAACAAAUAUGGGGCAACUAUCUUCCUGAUUGCCCUACCCAGCACUUGACCCCCAACCCUGGAGGAAGCUGGAAGGUGGAGGUCCAAAAUCCUGUCCAUAUUGUCCAGGAAAGGGUCCAUACUCUGCUAUCAAGAUGAGGAUCAAGGAGCUUCCUGGCCCUGGAGAGGCUCAGCAGGCCACCAGAGCCCCCAGAACCAGUUUGCAUUGGUCCCUGCUCUCUCCCCAAAAUGGCUAGGUCCCCUCCCUCACCCCUGGGUCCCUGCUGUGGUAGGAGGUGAUGGUCAGUUGCACCCAGCAAGAGGGAGUGCUGCUUAUGAGGUCAGUUGUCUCUCAAUUAAAGAAACACUGUGCAAUACGA